AUGAAACCGCCAGUGUGGGAGCCAGUCAACGAAGGCUUCCUGUGCACAAAGCCCCAGGAGCCCCCGAACAGACCUGCCCCACGCGGCACCCGAGCCUCCGCGCCCUCGCUGGGCGCCCUCCAGAGGGACGCGUCCCCCUCUGGGCCCCUUACCUCUCACCGACAACUCCGGGCAGGGACUGGGCUGACCGCGGCGGCGGCGGCGGCGGCGGCGGCGGCGGCGGAGCUUGCACCCGGGCUCUGGCUCAUGGUUGGUCCUCCUCAUCCGACACAAAAGAGGUAUUUCGACAAAGAAGAUGGAGCUGUUCUAAUCCAACCAUCUGGUCCCCCAGGCCAAGAGUGGUGCAGGUGAGUCAAAGCAAAGCCAUCGUUGCAAACAACACA